AUGGAAAUAUUAAAAACUUAUGGAGUUAUUAAUAAAUAUUAAAUGGACAUAAUAAUUCGAUCUAAUGUUUGGUAGUAAAUAAUAAUGAAGAUCUAAUUAUAUCAAGGAGUGAAGAUAAAACUAUUGAAUUUUGGAUAAAAAAGAAUGAAUGGAUGUGUUUAUAAACAAUAGAUGAUCAUUCUAAUCGCAUAUUAGGAUUAAGUUUAAAUUAAUAAUAAAAUAGAGUUGUCUCAUGUGGAAAUGAUUAAAAUAUAAUAAUAAUAGAACAAUUAGGAUAGAAUACAGAGUGGAACUGAAUAGUAUGGAUAUCGAGUAUGUUUUAUAGAUAAUAAUAUGUUCACAUUCUCAUAAAGAGAUAAAGAAUAAAUAUCUGUUUUUGAGAUGAACCCUAACAAUAAAUAGUUUACCAAGAUUAGAGAUAUUACAAUAAAAAGUGGAAAAGAUAAUGUUUCAAGAUUUCCUAAGCAAUAUAUAAAUUCAAAAUGUAUUCUUGUGAGUAAGAAUGGAGAAUAUGUUAAUUUGAUAAGGAAAUAAUAAAAUGGAGAGUUUCGAACUGAAUAAUCUAUUCAUUUUGGAAUUAAUUCUUUAUAUGGAGUAAUGAGUGAUGAUGGAGAGUAUUCGAUCACUUGGGAUGAUAAAUCAAAUAUAAUACAGAUUAGGAGAUAUAAAGAGUAAUGA